UAACAGUAAAUUUAGCAUAUGAACUGAAAUCAGGUAAUUUGAGCACUAACAGAACACGUGACAAGUGACAUAAGAUUGGACCUAACCUAAUGUAGCCUAAUGAUUAAUUUGGUCAUUCCUCAUCAGGAUGAUCUUAGUUUAAAACAAUGGCAUGAAAGGCGGCGGGCGAUAUGCAUUCCCAUGAGGAAUGCGCCUUUAAUUUUAUUUAGCAAGUUGACUAAACUUGAAGUGAAAAUUGGCCGAGUUCGCCAUCUGCUGGGAGUAGAUUGUCCAGCUAUAAUUUAAUUAAAUCUGAGAGUUCUGCGCAGAAAAAGUAAAAAAUAAAUAAAAUAAAAAAAAGAAAGAAAGAAAGAAAAAGAAAGGGAAAGUGCGCACAUGGCGGCAGGUGCGCACAGAGGACACCGGCGCGUCACCACGUCGCUGCGCCAACCAAAGCAGUCCAGAUCGAAGUCCAGAGUCACAGGAAGCCUGCUGCAACUCUCCCGUCCAUGUUCCAUGUUGAUACGCCAUCAUGCAGCGGAGUUCUGCCAAGACCCGGUUCUGUUGGCCCGCAUUUCUGUGCGUUCUGACCCUGUGUUCGGCCCCCGCGGAGCCUCACCCGCAGUGUUUGGACUUUAAGCCACCCUUCAGACCCCCCAAGGACCUGGAGUUCUGCGUCAUGUACAAUGAGUUCGGCUGCUGUGAUUACCAGAAGGACCAGGAGCUGAUGGCCCGGUUCUACCGGGUCAUGGGUCACUAUGACCAGAGAGGGUACGAAAAAUGCGCAGGGUUCGUGUUGGAGCUACUCUGCCAGGAGUGUUCCCCGUACGCCGCUCACCUGUUUGAUGCUGAGGACCCGAGCACCCCGCUCAGAACCAUCCCGGGCCUCUGUCCCGACUACUGUUCUCAAUUCUGGAACCAGUGUCGCACCACUCUCCCCUUCCUGUCUGAUGACCCGCGUAUAAAAAACGCCAGACACGAUCCGUCUCGUCUCUGUAAGCUCUUAGAGCUGGAUGAUGUAGAUUACUGCUACCCCCAUCUGCUCAGCAACCAGAAGCUCACCCAGAACCUGGGCCGAGUCCAGACGAAUUCAGAGGGCUGCCUGCAGCUGUGUCUGGAGGAAGUGGCCAACGGUCUUCGUAAUCCGCUCGCCAUGGUGCAUGCCAACGAUGGCACGCAUCGGUUCUUCGUGGCAGAGCAGGUGGGGCUGGUGUGGACCUACCUUCCUGACCGGUCCAAACUGGAGAAGCCCUUUCUGAACAUCAGCCAGGCAGUGCUGACCUCACCGUGGUCGGGUGAUGAAAGAGGCUUUCUGGGACUCACCUUUCACCCCAAAUUCAAGUACAACAGGAAGCUGUACGUGUAUUACUCAGUGGAGGUCAGGUUCGAUGAGAGGAUCCGGAUCAGUGAGUUCAAGGUGUUAGCCAACGACAUGAACGCGGUGGACCACAACUCAGAGCGGGUUCUUCUGGAAAUUGAUGAGCCAGCAUCCAACCACAAUGGAGGCCAGCUGCUCUUUGGGGACGACGGAUUCUUGUACAUCUUCACAGGCGAUGGCGGAAUGGCCGGAGAUCCGUUUGGAGAAUAUGGAAAUGCCCAAAACAAGUCAGCUCUCCUGGGUAAAGUUCUUCGAAUCGAUGUGAACAAUAACGAGAGAGGCCCGCUCUACAGAAUCCCUCCAGACAACCCGUUCAUUCACGAGCCCGAAGCGCGGCCCGAGGUGUACGCGUACGGCGUCCGCAACAUGUGGAGGUGCUCCGUGGACAGAGGCGACCCACACACCAAAGAGGGCAAAGGUCGAAUCUUCUGCGGGGACGUGGGGCAAAACAAAUUUGAAGAAGUCGACAUCAUCGAGAAAGGCCGAAACUACGGCUGGAGAGCCAAGGAGGGUUUCUCCUGCUAUGAUAAGAAGCUGUGCGCCAACAGCUCGCUCGAUGAUGUGCUGCCUAUUUAUGCUUAUCCUCAUAAGAUGGGUAAGUCGGUGACGGGUGGUUACGUGUACCGCGGCUGUGAGUACCCCAACCUGAACGGCAUGUACAUAUUUGGAGACUUCAUGAGCGGGCGUUUGAUGAGUCUGCAGGAGGACAAAACCACAGGUCAGUGGAGGUAUAAUGAGAUCUGCAUGGGGAUGGGGCUGACGUGUGCCUUUCCUGGACUCAUCAACAACUACCAUCAGUACAUCAUCUCCUUCGCUGAGGAUGAAUCGGGUGAACUCUACUUCAUGUCCACGGGAAUACCAAGUGCCACGUCUCCUUCAGGAGUCAUCUAUAAACUGGUAGAUCCAUCGAGACGGGCCCCACCGAGACGGUGCCAUUAUGAUCCUCUCCCUGUCAGAGCUAAAAGUAAUCUCAUCAAGUUUGUUCCCCAAGAAAAAUUAACUGGUUUUGAGCUGCCAACUAGAAACAAGCCAGAGCCAGAGCCUACAAAGACCUACGACUGGCUCCUAGAGCUCCUCGAUCGCCUUGGUGAUCCGGCACCAACCCUGACCACCCCCGCCCCGAGCCGACCGACCGCCCAACCAUCCAGUAAUUCAAGGCGGAAAGGCCACCACCAGAAGGCAAAUCCCAGAGCGAACAAUGUGCCCGAGCUGCCGAAUGGAGCGGUGAGGUUGGUUGGGGACGAGUAUGGACGCGGCGAUCGUGGACGAGUGGAGAUCUACAUUAACGGGAACUGGGGCAUCGUUUGUGACGACUUAUGGUCGAUCAAAAAUGCUGACGUGGUUUGUCGGCAAAUGGGAUUCAGUCACGCUCUGAAGGCAACCAUAAACUCUCAGUUUGGUGAAGGGAGGGGACUGCAGAUUCUUCUGGACGACGUUCAGUGUAAAGGGAGGGAGUUGGACCUUCUGAGGUGCUCACAUGCUGGAAUAGGGAAGCACAACUGUGCCCACAGUGAAGCUGCUGGGGUGAUCUGUGGGAACCCGCACCCUGUUGUAGAAGUCUAACUGUUAAAGAAAGCUACACAUUAAGAACAAACGCCUUGACAAAAAUCAUUCUAAAGUUUUACUCAAUAUCUCUAAGCGAAGAAAUUCCUUAACAUGAGUAAGUUGUAAUGUUUGCACAGCUGCUGUAAAGGUUCAACUUCAAAAAUAUGAACUAACAUAGCUGUAUUUUUGUUUUAGGUACAUUAAAACAAAGA